AUUGUAUAAAUUGAAAUCAAGAAAGUUGGUUCCAACUAUGUCUCUUGGUGGCGAAUGCGUUUCAAAGAAGGAUUUCUUUUACAAACUCUCUGAAAGUGGUUGCUAUUUGGAGUCUGAUCAUAUUGAUAUUCUCUUUGGAUAUUUGCGGAAGAAAUGUUCUAUAUUACGGAAUGGCUAUACUGUCCUUGGCAUCGCCUUUGACGCAUUUGUUCAAGCAACAUAUAAAUCUUUGUUGGAGGGCAAGGAAAUAGGGGAUUGGAUGUACCAUGACACUAUGUUUAAUAUAAUUCUAGGAGAGGAAGGAUAUUAUCCAAUCGCUUGGUGUGAUAAGAAGAACGUUAUUUUUGCUAUUCAUUUAAAGGUUGAUGGAAAGGAGCAAGAUCAUUUUAUUCUGGCGAGAAUGGACUUUGACCACCGUUGCUUCUACGUCUACAAUUCCUUAUCCUCUGAUUUCUACAAUUGUAUUGCUAUGUCAGUGGUGCGCGGUUAUGCAACAGUUUUGCCUUUUUUCCUAGACGAGGUUGGAUUUUAUGAACGGAAUGAUAUUGAUUUUAAUUCUGAAGCUUAUGUCGGUAAGGGGCGUACUGAACCUUUUCGUGUUGCUCUUGUUGUGAACAUGCCUCAACAAAGUAAAGGGUAUGUUUCUUAACUGUUUUCAUUUUCAUUAUUUAACAAUUAUGUUUUCUUAUUUUUUUUUAUUUUUUCAUUUUUUAGAGAUUGUGGAGUUUUCAUCACAACUUUUGCUGAAUAUCUUAUCGAAGGACGAGAUAUUAGUGCUGAUUUUGUGAAGAUUGAAAAUAUUGAUAUUUACCGGAGAAGAUAUGCUACAAAUUUAUACAUGUAUGGUUUGUGGAAGAAUUUUAGUGGUUAUGUGUCUGAGUAGUUCAUUUUAGAAUACUCUGGUUGCUAUUGUUUUGU